AUGUUGCAGAAGCAGUUUCAUGAAGAGCUGGCGAGUGCAUUUGACGAUCAUUGCAGGAGACUUUACUGCAAGCUGCCUCAGGUGGAAUGGGAUGUCCAUCUUGAUUCACAACGCAGUGCUGCCAUGGCCAAGUGGCAUAAAAUUGUGUUGGCUGACCCGAUGUCUUUUGAUGUUUGCAGGAUGCAUUUUCAACCGUUGAAAACGGGACUUCAAGGAGGCAAGCUUCAGGAUGACCUGAGAAAUGUGUUCUCAAGCAAGAGCACUUCCACACUUCAUGGCAGGGCUGGUCCUAUGAUGCGAUUUUUGCAUUUUUGUGCAGAUAUCACAGAAGAGGUUGUGUAUGCCUUCAUGCAACAUGUGGAACAGUCUGCAGCGCCGACCUUUUUGAGGAGUUUCCUCAGCUCCUUGGGGUUUGCGUUGCACGUGGUCGGUUUGAUAGGUGCCAAAAGAGUCUUGGAUUCCCGGCGCAUCAAGGGCUUGGCCGACAAGUGCUACCUGCAGAAGAAGAAGACGAGAUCCAGGCUGCCGCUGACUGUAGAAGAACUGACAACGUUGGAAGAGAUUGUUCUUGGCUAUCGAGGUCGUGGUCUUCCAGACAGGCAUGCGGCUGGAUGUUUUCUUUUCAUGGUGUACGGACGUACAAGAUUUUCAGACAUGCUCAAUGUUGGGCGUUUGGAUUUCGAAGCUGGUGAUGACGAAACUGGGUACAUAGAAGCCCAGGUUGCCAGAUCCAAAACCUCCUUUUCAGUUGACAGAAAGGUUCGUUUACUCCCGAUGACAGCAGCCAUGCAUGGCGUCACAACUGAAUCCUGGGGCAAGGCUUGGGAGACGGUUUUGGAGAAGACCGGCAUCACGGCUACACAUGGUAAGCCACUGCUCCCAGGGAGGACUCCUGAUGGUUGGCACACUUUGCCACUUACGGCAGAGGCGGCGACGAGCUGGCUUCGAAGCAUGUUGCAGUCUGGGGAGCACUUCCAGGAGGACAGAAUCAAGUCCAUUGGGACGCACUCGUGCAAGUCGACAAUUUUGUCGUGGAUGGCAAAGUGGGGUUCCUCGCCUGACCUCAGAAGGCUUAUGGGGUACCACGUUGCUGAUAAGAUGUCCACGAUGCUCAUCUAUGGCAAGGACAACACCAGUGCUGGGCUUCGUGAAAUCGAUGUGAUUCUUGAAGCAAUCAGACAAGGUGAAUUUCUUCCCGAUGCAAAGCGAUCCGAGAUGUUUCCUCAUGCGGAGGACGCUGCAAAGCUUCUGGAAAGCCAAGACCAAAGCGGUUUUGAAGGCUACUGUUCUGGAAGUUCCUCAGAGGACUCAGCUGAUGAGGACCAACCUGAUCACCUGGCUCAUGAAAAAGCAGAGAAUGCGGUCCUCGGCAAGUGGGAUGCCGGUGUGGACGUCAACAAGCUGCCCGAUCAGGCGGUUUACUUCAGGGCAGCAGCAGCAGGAUUGAGUGAAGAGAUUCGUGCAAGUUUGGAUGGCGCUGGACUCAACACUCUUUCAAAGUUUGCAUUUGCAAGUUCAUACGUGCCUGGUGCCGGAGAUGAUGCAGAGUUUGUGAAGACUGUGAAAACAGUCCUUGGCAGGGACCCUACGCUGGGAGAACUGGCAUCAUUUCGAAAGCUUUUGCAUGAAUCCUAUUUACUUGUCACACAAGAAAUGAAACAACAACUGGAAAGGAGUGAAGAUGUCCAGACACGCAAGUUGACACAGCCAGAGCGUGCGGACCUUUAUGAAAGGCAGGUCAAGCGCAUCACAGGCUUGACAUUGCGUGGACCUCUGGAACCAAGUGAUGGACUUGUUGAUUUGUUUUGUGCGAUGUACGAAGCAAACAGGCUUCGAUUUGUGCCUUGGGAAAAGUAUACAGCAAAAGAAGCAGAGAUUGACAAAGAAGUUCGCACAGAACAUUUGUUUGCAGUGGAUUCCAGUGGCAAGCUUAAAGUUGAAGGGAAAAAGCCAGACCCCGUAGCAGACACCUCAACCGAGAUUUUGCUUCAGUACGCACUCCAGCGUAGGGGCUUGAGCAUGGACCAAGCUAAUUUGUUGGAGUUCAAGACCCACCAAUUAUGGGUUGACCGUGUGCUCAAAGUAAGAUUGCAAGCACCUCCUGCAGGUUACACAAGGACUUCGUUUCGCCAGGUGCUCGAAGCCGACAAAAAGCUCUUUGAAGAGCUCGCCAACGCCACAAGGCACGGUGUUCAGGCCACAGUCAGCGGUAGGCCGCUAGACCUUGUCUUCGAAGAUUGUAUGAACAAACCAGAGGUGGUUCAUUUGCUCCAACCGUUGAUGGGUAAGAGUACGGAAUACAAGAGCGAAGAGAAGCCUGCCCCAAACAGGCCUAGUCCAUAUAGGCCGCAAAACCCUGGAAAAAGCAAAGGCAAAGGCAAGACGCAGGGAAAGAACAAGGGAUCUCCAAAGAUGCCUUUGGUGCUUCUCAAUGGAGAUCACGAACACUUGCCGUGGUCUCACAAGAAUGACAAUGGACAUGUUGUAUUUGACACUAGCAAAGAGGCUGCGUAUCCGAAGAUCUUUUGUGAGCGUUUUGCAAAUGUGUUAGCAGACAUGGCUGGUAUUGCUGACCUGCAGGUUACUGACGGCCUGUAUGACAAGACGGCUCUACUGGAUGCAAGGGAUGAACCACUGCUUUCAGACAAGCGGGCUGUACCUGAUUCACUGCUGAAAGUGGUUUGCAGGAUCCUCAGCAGAUCGCCCCUCGAAACUAUGAAGUUGCGUCUUGAGAUAAUUAAGACGUGGAGGGGCCUAGCAGAUUCACUGGCAGAAGCAAAUCACCAAAUUUUCUCCAACACGGACUCUGGUUGCGCCCUGGUUUUAAAGGGCAAACACUUGGCUCUGCUGGAGAAGCUUGCGACUGACUUCGACUGGCCGGACAAGAGCAUACACCAAGAAAUCAGGCAAGGCUUCAAACUCAUAGGGUCUCUUACAGAAGAGGAACUCGUCAAGCAACUGAAAUUUCUGAAACCGGCACUUUGGGGCAAGGUCCAAGCUUCCCCAAAAAUGGACUACGAAGAAGAGUUGUGGGAAGCAACCAUGCAAGAGAUGAAACAAAAACACUGGUUGGAUGGUCCCUACUCCAAAUGCGAAUUGGAUGUGCUGUUUGAGGACAAUUGGUUGCCGGUACGCCGGUUUGCAGUGUGGCAGCGUUCGAAGUGGAGGGCCAUUGACGAUUUCUCAGAGUGUGGUGUCAAUUCAACCUUCUCUUACCUGGAAAAAGUGGAUUUGAAGGCAUUGGAUGAGAUUGUGUGGAUGGCCUGCUGCUUCGUCAGGUACUGUGUGUUUGAGAAUCGUUUUGACUUCACGCUGGCCUCUGGCGAAAAACUGUGUGGGAGCGUUGACCCCGAAUGGAAGCAGAUGCCGGAAGAUCAUUCGUCGGCCGCAAUCAGGGCGUUGACGUCGAUGCUUGGGUUCGAGUGUUCGCUGGACAAGGAACUUCCUUUUGCGGAAACUGCAGAAAUGCUUGGAGUCAUGCUCGACCUGCAGCAUGCCAGUACUGGGACAAUCAAGGUUGCGAACAAACCCAGCAGGAUGGACGAGUUGAAAUCCACCGUGCAACAUAUCAUCGCUUCUGGCAGGGUUGUCACGAAAGACUUGCCAUCACUUUUUGGGAGAGCUUUGUUUGUGGAAAGUCAGUUUAUGGGAAGAGAAGGACGGCUGGCUUUGUCUGAACUGAGAGUCAUGGAGCGGAGUAAGUUGCAAAGUGUUGUGCUCUCAGAUGCACAAAUGGAUGCUCUAAAGAACUUGCUUUUGAGGUACCAGAAAGCGGAGCCGAGGUUACGCCAGGACAUCUGUCUCUCAGAUUGUUGCGGCAGACAAAGCCGUGUGGGCCAAAUUGAUGGAGAGGAAGGGGUGAACCCCCGCCGUGAUGCAUCAGGUGCCUUGCCCUUAGAUUCAUCCCUCAUGAAAGCAUUGGAGUCUUACGCAGUUUCCUUUACGUUAUUGCCAUUGCCUCAGCAGAAGAAGCCUUCUCCAGCAACACCAGCACCGAAGCCGAAGGCUGCGGUCAAGACCACCCAUUUUCAAAAGACGUCCAAGGGCAAGGGUAAAUCAAAGGGUUCCAGCAAAGGACCUCGUGUCCCGUACCAGAUCAUCCAGGUUGAAUUCUGUGAUAAGCCUGCACCAGUUUUGCCUGUCAAGGCGAUUGCCAAUGCCUUCACCCAAGCUUUGGCUGCCGAUGGGUGGAACCCUCCAACAGCCUCUUGGGAAGAAUUGCAAACCAACCCAAAUUUUGCAGCCAUGAGUCACCCAAGAGCUUUUGGCUCGUUGCUGCCAGAAGUCCUACGGGUUGCAGUGGAGAAAAACCGAACCUUGUCCAGCAAAGAUCUUGCAGAAUUGCGUGCAAACUGGUUCAAGAAGUGGGUCCCUAGAGCAAAAGCCCUUGCCGCUCAAGAAGCAGAAUUUAAAAGCAGUUUAGCCCCCCACCUUCAACAUAUUUUAAAGCCCAAGAGACUGUUGCUCUUAAAAGAAAUUGUUGAAUGCGAGGGGUACCCUGACCCAGGGGUAUUUGAAGAAUUGGCGUUUGGCACAGAGCUUACGGGCAGUGUGCCUUUAACUGGUGUCUUUGACCCUUCCUUCAAGCCUGCGGUUUUGACGGAGUGUGAACUCUGUGAACGUUCCAGCGAAUCCAACAAGGCCAUUUAUCAUUCAGUCCGCUCCUCUGGCGAUUCUGAGGUUGACACCGUAGUGUUCCAGAAGACAUUGGAAGAAAGAGAUGCAGGGUGGUUAAGGGGUCCAAUUCCUUUCCGUGAGUUAGGUCGAGGGUGUGUCCUUAGCAGACGUUUCGGUUUGAAGCAGCCCAACAAGGUGCGUUUGAUUGAUGACUUCAGCAAGUCCAAUAUAAAUGCCACGGUGCAGACACCUGAAGCUCCUCGUCCUCACUCUACAGAUGUCAUUGCUUCGUUGGCGCUUGCUCUUUUACUGGGUGCUGGUGGUCGAAAAGUUCUCGGAAAAACAUUUGAUUUAAAGUCAGCGUACCGACAGCUUGGGAUCCAUCCAAAUUCCUUGAAUUGCUCCUACAUCGCAUGUUUCGAUCCCGUAUCUUUCAGAUGCUGGCUGUGCCGUUUGGUGGGUCGAGAUCUGUUUAUUCAUUUCUUCGCAUUGUGCGUUUUGUUUGGUGGAUUGCUUGCAAGUGCCUUGCGGUAA